UACGCGCGCGUCUUACGUCCUUAUCUCGCGUUAUAUACUUAUACUUAUACGACAAAUGCUGCCGCAGCGGGCGUGGAUCGGAUUUGUGUGCGCGCGAAGACUACGACUAUUAUAUCUACAGCUGUGCAGUCUUGCUCUCCGGCUCUCUCGCUCUCCACUGGAUCGAUCCUGGGGAGAGGGGGGGGACGUGCCGCGAGAAUUAGUGAAGGGCGAUUCUUUCAAAAAGAGUCCUUUUUCGAAAAAUCGAUUCUCAAGAAUCGCCGAUUCCAGAAAAAGAAUCGAAGAAUCGACCAAUUUUUAUUAAUAUGAUAUAUAAUAUAAUAUAAUAUAUAUCAUAUUAUAUUAAUAUUAUUAUACUCUUUAAUAACUACAUGAUUUUUAUAAAAUUAUAAAUUGAUAAAAAAUUUUGAUAUUUACAUUUAUAUUUGUUUUAUUUGGAAAGUAUGAUUUUACAAUAAUAUUUCCAUUUAAUACAGUUUUAUAGAUGACUUUUCUUUAUUUUGACAUGUACGCACAAUUUUAUGAGAAAUGUUUGUUUUGCGCUUUAUUCGACAUCAAAUAUAUCUCUUCACUUAGAUAUACAUUUCCCGACAUACGCCAAAAAAAGUAUUAUUGACAAACUCUUUUAAUCAGCUUUUGCAAGCGAUAGAGAUUAAAAUAAAGCCUUGACUCUUAAUUUGUAUUUUUUUAUUUUAAUUUUUUAUUUUUCACUUAAAAUAACACCGAAAAAGAAUCGAUUCUCGAUUCCCAGUUUCAAAAUAAUUGAGAAUCGAGAAUCGUCAGUAAAAAAGAAUCGGUCGAUUCUUACAGGAUCGAAUAGAAUCGCCCAUCACUAGCGAGACUCAUUGCGAAUCGUGCACGCGACGUCCGUGCGUGAGGUCGGCUUUUUUCUCCGCGCCUCUCCGAUGCAGCGCCACGCCAGGAUUACGGAUGUCAAGAUGAUGGCUCUUUGUUGUCCUUUCUGCGCUGAUGAUCGCUACUGUCGAGGCGGAAAGUACAGGAUGUCGUACUCAUUGCACUGAUGCUGAAGGUGAAAGUACGCCGGGGGGAGACAAAGUUACAUGCGGGAAAAGCGUAUCCGGGGAUUGAUGCAUCCAGCCGCUCGCAAAAUCGCUUGCUCUCGACCUCGUGUCGCGCUAGAGCUCAGUCGCUCCGUGGAAUUCAUCGCUGCUGCUGCUAGAGGAGAAGCUGUAUAAUCGCGUGGAAUCGCCGAUGCGCCGCUGAUGCUGCUGCUGCUCCACUCAUGGCGACGCUGCUACUGUAAUCAAGGCGGUGAUAUCAGCUCGUCGAGCCUCAUUUCCUGCGGAAGGAUCGACUAAUAGGUGCAAGGAUGAACGUGAGCACGACGAUCCGCACAGCGACGACGACGGCCCGGGCCGCGUUGUCGGGCCUCGGGGUGACGAGGAUAGCCGACGUCCUGAACGGCGUCGACUCGGACCUGUCCUUCGAGGAGGCCAAGAACUUGGCAGACGGCAGCCUCAACAUCUCGCCGGUCACCCUCUCGUCCGACUGGUCUCGAGUCGUACGGCUGCUCAUGCUCGCUUCCCUCGCCGUCGUCGGCAGCGUCGGCAACGUCUUCAUGAUAUCCGCCGUCAUGGUCGAGGACCAUCUCAAGAAACGAGGCAACGCAUUCCUGGUGAACGUGGCACUGGCUGACCUGCUCAUCUCGGGCAUGGUGAUACCGGCUUCGGCCAUUCUGAUACUGGCCGGUCACGAAGAGUCGCCGCGAGGCAUAUGCAGCUUCGAGUGGACCCUCGAGGCCCUCUGCUUCCUCGUCACGGUUCUCACCCUCGCGGCCAUCGCUGUCGAGAACUACAUGCGGCUUUGCUGGCCCAUCGAGAGCAGAUACGGCAUCCUGACGACGAGUCGAGUGACGGGGGCGAUCCUGUCGGUCUGGCUGAUCGCCUCGACGGCGGUGGGCCUGCAAACGUCCCUCGAGCUGGGCCCGAACCUCUGCAACAUCAACUGGCGCAAGCCCUUCACCAUGACGACCAACACGACGGGCAUAAUGAGCGCCUCGAUCAUCGUCGGCGCCCCGAUGUUCUUCACGAUCCUGGUCUACGUGCGCCUCAUCAUCCGCGUUCGCGGCUCCAUGCGCGGCUCCUACAAGCCCUCCGUCGCCUUCAACUGGGACUACGAGCUGACCAAAGCCAACAUGUACAGCUUCUUCUUCUUCGGGCUCUUCUGGAUGCCUCUCGGCGUGGCUUUCUGCAUCAGCGUGGUGCGCCCGGUGAGCCCGAAAAUAGUGGUCUACCUCGCCUGGUUCGCCCUCUCCAAGUCGUGCUUCAACAACCUGCUCUACUGCGUGGCGGAUCGCCACUUCCGCAGCGCGUACGUCAAGCUCUUCCACUACUGCUGCUGCAAGACCACGGUGAGCUUCUCGCGGCGCACUCGGGGCGACGGGGGCCGCUCUUCCGGCGACGUGCGUCUGAGGGUCCACAUCAUUCACUCGUACGCCUCGCCAGCCUCCGGCAGACCGGCCGUUGCCAGGCCCAACGGCCGCGACGUCUACGAGUUGUAGGGAUAUGAGUACAGCCGGCUGCCCGUCGUUCAUCAGCGCCACUCCACCGGGGACUGAGAUUGCGACCGAUCCGUCCUCCGCUACGAGCUCGGCGGCGGCGACGACGACGACGACGACGACGAGUCGCGCAGCUACUCCGAGGACUCGAUGGUCUGAGGCGACUGGAGAAGCAUAUGCGUACGUCUAUAGGUAUAUUGCGUAAAUCUGUCUGCGUGUACUCCUCUGCUGAAUUUUCAUUCUUUGUAUCCUGGACUCCGCUGUGCUUCUCCAGCUCGUCUUGAUCCCGUUCCGAUACCGAUUUACAAUGGCUGAACGAUUAAAAGUGCUUGUACGCGUUUUUUACAAGAUCGAUUCCAGAACCAUUUUUUACUCGAGGAGAUUCAUUUACCCUGGCGAUCUCGGAGAAGACGAGACAGAUUUCCGAUCACGAAGCACUGACGAAAUGACUGCACGCGCACAUUUCGACUGUGUAAAUUUUCAAAUGUUCCAUUCAAAGGCCAUAUUAUCAUGUACUCUUUAGAUCGAUGUCUAGUCAAAACUUUGAAUGAAUCGCUUGAAAGCAGUUUACUGCCGCGCAGGCAAGCGAGACGGUACAGCGUCAUCUCCUCGGUGCCCCGGACGAUCGUCUUUUUAUAUAUUCUACUUGCAUUGCCGCAGACUCAGUAUGGCAUAAUAUAUACGCUGCAUUUUUUGACUAUACUAUAUAUUUUAUAACCUCAAGCUCGCGCCCUCGAGCGAGAUUGAUCUUUGAAUUAUAUAUAGGUGAGUUGUUUUUUAAUGAUAUUAUUCAUCAUGACUGUGCCGCGCGCUGCAAGUAAUGCGGAAUCGUCACCCGUCCUCGUUAAUUUUGCCUCGACGCGCCAAGCCAGUGCUGGAUCAUCGAUCAAACGCGCUUGACUCGUGGAAAAAGUACAAAAUUCAGAGUGUUCUCCGGAAGAGCUCAUUCUUCUUAGCCGGAACCUCCGAAAACAUUUAUCUGCCCAAAAGGAUCGUUCAUAAUUCACGCGCUCUCUAUCUCUCUCUUGCGAUAUUUUACAACUUUCCUCGCCCCCGCCUGGACGCUUACCAAGAAAGCGCGGCACUUACGCAGCUUUAUUGAUACGAGGGAUCGCACACUUUUAUUGCGCCAAUAAUUUCUCGAGGACACACGCGACAAUGCAAAGAAUGUAGCUUCACGCGGUUUAAAUUACUUUCCCUCGGACGAAAUCAUCCUUUCAGUCAUCGCCGCCAAUGUGCGUAUAUAGGGGACUUUGUCGCCCGUGAAAAACGAGCCUGCGAACUUCACUCCGCAGAGAAGAGGACCUUGAAAGUUUUCGCGUUGUAUUGUCUCGGAAUAGUUUGCGAAACUUGGAGGGACUAAUUAAUGGCCCUCUAAAAAAACUGAAAUGAGAAAUCCACCGCAGGAGCGCACUCGCAAUAUUUUACGACUUCCGAUGUAUAUUUACGCGCGCUAAACGAGCGCAACGGUCAAGGGAGUCGCGCACCGUGUCGUAAAGCCGCGGCCAUUAAAAGUCCCGUUUACGACUGCUAGAAAUGUUGACUUAAUAGAAAACGCGCGAUCAAUGCGCUUCGCCCUGGAAAACGAGCGCGACUAUAUACCCCUUUGCGUUUCCAGAGAAAAUUGUAAUAUCCGCCGCAACGGGAAAUAAAGCAAAGCGAGAUUUAUAUUGCAAAAGUAUUCUUUGAAGGAGAAAAUCUAUUGCGGAGAAGAGGUUUGAAAGAGCUGGCUACUUAGCACUUGAAAAGCUUUUUAUAGUUACUUCACGAGCGAAGCAUGAAUUUUCAACGGAUUGGUUUCAAGGAAAUAAGCGAUUUUACAGUUGCGAGAUGCCGAGGCGCGAGACUAAUGAAAAGCUAAUAUUUGCUCGUGGCUCCUCUGUAGAUCCUCUAUUAUUCCGCUGCGUCAAGUUUCACUCUAGUCCGCGAAAACCGAAUUUCGCGACAUAAUUAAAAAAGUAGGUAAAAACUAAACAUUUCCACGCAGGAUUCGCGAGCAGGGAACAGACGAGAAGAACAUCUCAGACUCUUCUCCUGCGAAAACACGCGAGGAGUCGAGCUCCGCAAUACGCUAAUGUAAUUGGACUGUAAUUACUUAAUGAGAGACGCUCGGCCGUGUUUUAUUACAAUGGGUUAUUAUGGGGUGAAGAAUUCGACCUUAGAUUCCAGCCGAAAGGGACGGGAGACGGAAAAUAUUUCAUUGGAGUUACUUUGGGAGAUUAAUGAUAGUCGGAACUCUUCUCGUCAAACUGUGAUUUUUCGUGCGAAACUUUUCGCCUUCAAAAAUUCGAAUCGCUACACCCGUCACACUGGCUCCGCUGUAUUAACUUAAUUGAAAUAAAGAUCUGUCGCUGGGUUGACCUACAUAGAGAGCGAGGAAUUCCUCGGGGAGCACAUUACGCUUUAUUGCUCUCGUAAAGAAUUUUUAAAACCGUCGCGAUACCCAUUCUUAACGGAAUGAAACUGCAAAAGUUCGUAGUUUAUAAAAUAAAAUACAUUCUAAAAAUCACAUUUAUUUCAGUAAGCUCGCGCGUGUGCGCGUCCGGUUUCAGCGUCCGGCGAAUUUUUCACCGGCGAGGGUCGAUUCAUUGUGACUCUGCUCGUUCUAGUAAAAAUUUGAUUUUCCCGUGGAUAAGCGUUGGCGCGCACACAGUCCAGUGCACUCGACGAGUCAGAGAGUCGUAAUUCCUUUUUAUUAAUUGCUCGCGCAUCAAACGAUUUUUUUUUUUUUAAUCCUUCCAGCACUGGCGUCACUCGUUCGAUGAGAUGAAAUUUUAAUUAAAAGGCAUUUUCAUCCUUUUUCUCUUCCGCAACAAUAGAAGGGGCAAGUCGUGAUCGCGAUUUUAAUUUCGAUUAAUAUCGAAUCCUUUAUAUUUCCAGUCCAUAAUGUGAAAGUAAGCUCUAUACGUCUUUAUUAAUCAAAGCAGUCUUCGCAGUGAUAUUGUUUCGCUACUUUAUUAAAACUUUUCGAUCGCGAGUAUUUAAUUGUGCGAACCAGGCAUUUACGCGGCGGAAAACGGCCGCUCGCUUGUGGAAACAAUACCGUUUAAUCCGAGAGAAAGAGCGAGAGAGAGAGAGAGAGAGAGAGCGAAUGAAAAUAAAGACUCUUCAUAAAAUCCAAAGUACCUGUGCGGCGGUUGCUCGUUAGUCGAAUCGAGAUUUCCUUGUUCUCCCUCGCGAAGGAGCUGCCGCGUUGAUAUAACGAUCUGGUAUGCCUCGACUUUUGUCUUUGCGGCAGGCAGAGUUUCUGUGUGUAGCUGGUAUCGAGGGAGGGAAGCACGAGAGGAGCUAUAGGGUUGCAAAGAGUUGAAAGGAAACUACUGAGGGGGGAAGUUGCUGGCGGUGAAAAAUCUCUUAGGAACGUGCUUAUUUUCAUUUCCUUUGACCUAUCGCAGAAGCUUCUUGUUAUAUAGAAAUUCACUGCGAGUAGAACUCCAGCGCGAAUCUCGCUCCGAAAAUGUUCACUACCACCCACCGCGUCACCAGCGGAAACCCUUCGCUCUUCUUCUUCCUCCCCGGAGAAAAGACUCAAUCCUCGCGAGUACGUUCGUAUAACUAGCAGCACACAGCCCUCGGCAUUGUGUCACGAGCCGGUAGUUCAGACGCUGAUUAAAUGGCGAACGCGGUGAUGUUUUUUUCUCUCUCCCUCUCGCAGGGAUGUGGAUAAUUGAGGAAAAUGGAUGAGUCUUCUUCUUCCUCUUCUUUUACUGCGCUCGCGGCGACUUUUGUUUCUUCGCGCUGCAGCUGCGCUGCUCUUAACGCUGUACUUCGCGCGACGCGUAUUUACGCCCUCGCGAGCUAAGUGCUGUUUUAAUUUCUCCCGUUAGAACAACGAGUAUUUAAUUUUUAGCGGAAAUUCUUCUUCUUCUACGAAUUAAUCAAGCCGAAAUAUAACGUUUUAAUUAAUAAUCCUCGAAAAUAAAGAACGAGCGUCGAUCGAAGGGCUGCAAUGAGCGAGCUAGUUUCAAUGAUUCAGUAAGGCGCAAUAACGUCCUUCGCUAAUUUGCAUUUUAAAGCAUCGACCGAACCGAUAAUAAGCCUAAUACCUCGGCGACGCUCGUCAAUUACCAACAUAGUAUACAGUUCCGCAAAGUCAUUCGGCUGUAAAGAGAGAAAAAAUCCAUAAGCGCACUAUCUCACAGGCUCGACGGCAGCGGCCGCGCGUGACGCGGUUAACCGAUAAUGACAGUGAGUUCCCCCCUCCCCCUCGAUCGCGACAGCCUCUAAUUUCGCAAGCAACUUCUCCUAGUAAUUUGGUACAAACCCACGAUCGCUUUAAUAAAGCGACGGGUAUUCGCGUAGAUAUAUGUUAUAAUGUAAAGCAAGUCGCACACGUACUGUGAGGGGUGGCUAUCUCGAGUUUUGAAUUUGUUUCCCAUGACGAGUGCACGAAUGAAAGAACCGUUUUUGUUUCGUUCUUUUUCAAGGAGUGUGCAUCUUUGCCGUUUUUUGUCCAUGAGAGAGAGAGAGAGAGAGAGAGAGUGUGAUGAUGGAGGAUCGCGCUGCUUGUGGCGGGAAGUUUUGUACUUGCGAGAAGUUUCGCGGUUGCGAUAUGAGAUAUGAAGGAUCGGCUGCUCCGACUGCGGAAUGCUAAUGGCGCAGUGCGCUGCACGAAUAUGAUAUUUGCGUUAUUUUUGUCCGAUUCGCAUACAGGGGAGAGCUCUGUAUAUGUUUUACGUGUUAUUAUUAUAUAUCGAAGUAAUUUGUUAUGAUAAUCGAUAGCAGUUGUCUAAUAUGUGUUUGGUGUUUGGCGUUUCGAAGGAUCCUGUACUUUUAUGUAUUGAUUGUACAGGCGCACUCGGUCAUAGUGUAGUCGUUAAAUUUAAGACGUCGCGUUAUGAUUUGUACAUAAAUUUUAUCUCCUGAUCAUUGAGUUUGCGUGAUUGGAAUCCUCAAUCGUCACAGCGCCGCAACUCCGUAUAAAAGUAUAGUUUCGCUGUUAUUGCGAAAACGAAAUGCAUUUGUAACAAUAUCCAGUCUACAUUUUGAUAUACCGAUCGAUUUUUACAGUUUUUCUCUUAAUUUUGUUCAUUUCGAACGAUAUAGAACAAGCACUAUGCGCGCAACAGCUUCUUACUUUCGUCGAAGACAUAUCUCGUAUUAUCUGCGCGCUGCCGAUCAAAAAGCGACGAGCGCGAAAAACACCUAUAUAGACGGAAAAGAAAGUUGCGCUGUAAAACAAUGAACACAUACAACUGACAUAUAUGGAUUCCUUAUUGCCGACAGAUAUACAUACAAAACAAAACUAUAUAAGCCUGUACGAAGUAUAAGAAUAGAGCGCUCGACGAUUGUAAAUAACUCUUCCUAUAAGCAUAUAUAUAUUAUUAUAUACGAGUAUAUACAUGGAUAUAUCAUUGUUGUCUAAAAAUAUAAAAGUAUAUGAAUAUAAUAAGAAACGGUUGCCACGGCGUAACUCUGUAUCAUAUGCACACGAUGUACGUACACACUACUGAAAAUACCUAUACAAUAUUACGAGCAGAAUUAACAAAAAAAAGGCAACAACAACACACAAAAAAAAUUGGAAAAAACGUUAUUAUGUACUAAACGCCUUCUGUCAAACUGUGAUCACUCCGAGUAACGGUUAUUAAUGUCUUAGAUUGUGAUUUUUAACGAUGAGGGGAGGAGACGGCGAGGCAAAUAUGUGCAAGAAGCCAAGAAGAUGAUCUAACGAAAAACAGAAACUAUACCGAGGCACACAGCGUGUCGUCGAAGCUUUGAAAGAAAAAGCCGGUCUCUUGCGCGUGUUUUUGCGACGCUGUCUCCGUCUUUUUAGUCGAGGAAACCUCUGCCUACAUUUUAGCUUGCUAUAUGCUAUAUACAUAUAAGGUAUAACGGGAGCGAAAAGAAAUUCUACGACGGGAUAUUACUAUGUGCAUCUACGGACUUCUAAUUAUUGCGUUCGUGCAGCUGUAUUUAUGUGUAAAUGUCGUGAAUGCUUAUGUGCUAAGUGGACUCGCGUGAAUGAGGCGUCGGAGGAUUAUGAGGCGAAAGGUCAUCUUGUUUCCUGCAUCUUGUGUUGUUAAAGCCAUUAUGGGUAUAAAUAAACUGCUUAAUAGAUCGCUCGAUCGUUUGACAAGGUUAACGCUGAUCGUGGAAUAGCGUGCAAGUUUGCGAUAUGGUAUACACACCUUGCGUAUUUUAAUGGACGAGACAUAUAAUUGUAAUUCGUUUUUUUAUCUUAAACCGCGCGCCUUUUAUUUCACAUUAUACAGGAGAACAGGCCUUUCCAUCAAAGUCCAAGGCGACGAACGAGGUUAUAGCUGUGUGAGAGACUGAAUUCGUAAACAACGCUCGCGAGGGAGUAUAGUUAUUAUAUAUAAACGUAUGGAUAUAACGAUAGUAUGAUAUAAUACUUGCAUUGAUGGGACCAGUAUAUGCUAGAAUUGUAUAUAAUGAAAAACAAGUAUAUAAAGUAAAUGAGAAGUUUUAACUCUCCGUUAUAACGCACGUACAUAUUAAUAUACGGAUAUUCCGACUCGCUGUCAUUCCAAAAAGUGUAUAUUGUAUAAUUUGAUUAUGACGAUUAUUUGUAAAAAUAUUUGUGAACGAGAAACCCGUGCUUUCGCCGAGCGCGCACACCGAUCAAUAUGCUGUAGCACACGUGUAAAUGAUGUUUCUGUAUAUGGCGAAUCGAUUGUUUGUUAUACAUAUAUAUUAUAUAUUCGACGAUUUUCAAUACACAUCGUACGAUGAAGCUACGACGAAGCGUUUGUUCAAUGUGAUAAUACACUUCCACUUUGCGCGAAGUUUAUUGAGUUUUAAGGGGACAGUUGUAUUAUAUGUGCGAAAGAAGGUCAUGCUACUGCGGAUGCAGUGCACAAAGCAAAGUUGAAACAUGUUACAUAUGGAAUUCGCUAUUUUUCCUUACUGUAAUUUGUAAUGUAAUAUUAUACAUGUUGAGUAUACAUUUUUGGUACGCGUACAUUAUUUUCGACGUUGAAGGGAAAAUACUUGGUCUGGUGAAACGAUACGUAUGUUGCGAAGAAUAAUUUUAUAUAUCAUGUAUGAGAAAAUCAAUAUAUUUCAAGUAACGAAACUGCCGUUUACUUACUACUAUUAUACAUAUGAGGAAAAACACAAUUUUACUACAUUAUACCGCGCACUCGUAAAGAGGAAAUCGCCGACUCUUCCAGUAUUAAUGGAACUCACUAACCAAAGAAAAAGAAAAAAAAGAAUGUGUAUAGUUAUAUUUUCCGAACUUUGUACUCUUGAUAUUUUUGAUCAAACCUUAUGUGAAAAACUAAAAGGGUGAAAACUUAUAAACGCAUACAUCUGUAUGAAAUAAUAAAAUGGACAUUCAUAAUUUUUGUAAUCAAAUGUGUAAAAAUAAGUGUGUAAUUAUUCAGUUGGCUCACUGGCAUUGACGAGUUGAGAAGAGACUGUCCCCUUAAUUUAUCCAAACUAUAAAAAGCAUUAUUAUAUGUCUAAGGCGCUAAGACAUUUUUUUUAUACUCGUUCGUUGAUUCUACACAUACUUAUUAACGAAAAAUGCGGGAAGCUCAAAGAAGAGAUGAGAGUCGAGAUUGUUGUCUUUCCUUUUUUAUAUGAAUUCUGUGAUUUAGCAAUUAUUAUUAAUCGAUGGCAGAUUGAGAAAUCGAUGAAAUAGAAGCCUAAUAUCCUAAUGCUAUCUAACUUGUUGUUGUAUAGUCGAACGCGCUACCAAAUGGUAAUAUUUCAUUGUUCUAAAUCUGCCAUUGAUCUAAGCUAAGCUGUACAUUGUAGAAAGUAGACGUUAGAUGAUGAUUUAGAUGUAGAUUGGCACAAGUGCUCUAUUCAGCGUUUGCUAGAGUUCUCUUCUCACUGCUUAUUUAAAACAGUCUGUUGAAUCACUCCUCUAUAUUAUGUUGUAUCCAAUAAAUUUUAACAAAGUUACUAUACAAUUUUUUUUUAUCUAAGCUUGUUUUUUUACUUAAAAUAUCUAUGCAACGCUGAAUGAGGCAUUCUGUAGCUAUUCGAUAGUCCUAGCUUAUUAGAACUUAGCAUGGUAUUUACAAAAAUAAAUGUGCUAGUCCAUAAAAUUUGAAAAAUUAUACUGACAAGAGGAUUUAUUUGACCAUUCAAAGAGCGAAUUAUAAAAAAUAAAUGCCGAAAUAAAGUAUAUAAAUUACGUUCUUGAAAUUACAAAUAAAUUCUAUUCUUAGUAUAACAAGUACAGUACAACCUUCCUUACAUUAGAGUACAUUCUUCUGCAAGUUGUUAGAAAAUAUCGAGAUGAAAUUAAGGUAAAAAUAGCAUGAGUCACUCGGAAAACAAAAUAACAAAAAAGAACAAAAAAGAACAAAAAAGAACAAAAAAGCGUAUAAGCGCAAAGUUUCGAAAUAUUAGAUAAAUAAAAUAGGCCACAGACAUUAUACUUGCUCGCACACUUAGGCAGAUGAGAAUGGCAAGAUGGUAAACAACAUAUGCGCAAACACGUUGGCAAAUAAGAAAGAAUAAAUUUUUUACAAACCGAAAACGAAAGCAAAAAAAGACAUGAAAAUGUUCUCAAGUCGUGUUAAAUUUUUUCUAAAUCACGGGUAAUACCAAAGAAAAUAAAUCCCGAAACUUCGAGGACCACGUAUUAACAAUAAAGAAGCCGAUGACUUUCCUAAAACCUCAAGCUUAAAAUAACAAUACCGAAUAAGAAGUGACUUGAAGUUUUGGACACGCGCACGAGAAGCGAAACUUUUUUGAACGUUAUAAAAAAACUCUACACAAACGCGAUGUCAUUUGAUAUUGAACAAAUGAAAAGUAAUAAAGUAUAUAUCUAUCGCUCCUAUCCUAACUACGUGUAUUAUAUAACGCACUAAAGUAACCGUUUAACGCAUAAGUGUGGCAUAUUGAAAGAUUAAAAGGAAGCAGCAUAGGUCAAAUGUACGUGAAUAAUCAAAGUAAUAACUAAAUAAUUAAAAUGUCGAUGUCGAUGUCGUGAAUCAGUAAAUGUCCAUGAAAAGCUCUAUGAUAAGAAAAAAACGUAUAAACUUGCCUAUACGUAUAUAACAUGUACCGUCGACGAGCGAAAACCACAAAUUAAUAUAGCUUAAAAAACGCUUCUCUUCGUAAAUCGCAAAACUUAUCGAAUCAAUCAAAUGUAGCAGAAUUACAUUCGACAAUCUUUUUAAUUCUGUCAAACGAGUAUCAGAUAUUGCCAUCGCAUACAUAAGUACCUAAUACACAGCUUCGAUUCUAAUUUUCAGAAUAGCUCUGCAAUACUUAUAUAAUCCAAGCGCAUCGUCAAAUAACCUGACGAUGGAUAAUUGUCAAACGCGCAUGAAUAUAAAUACAUUACACAUGCAACGUAAGCAAACUAAGCGCCUCUCUGCUGAAAAGUACUCAGUACACUAUGAAUAAGCGAGCAAAAGCUAUAGGUAUAUCUAUAUGAUAAAACGACGCAAAAAACAAAAGUAAUGAACUUGCACAGCUAUUAUGAUGUAAAAAAUUUUAAUUAAAAAAAAAACACAAAAAGUGAAGUCUGUGUAAAAUGUGUCACGUAAAGCUAGUCAGUGUAGCAAUAUGUAAGACGAUUAAUAAGUAUAUGGUAAGGGUUUAUAUUACCGAUAAACAACGCUAAAAAAAUCUAAACGAUCAAAGCGAAAAUUCUUCUUGUCGGGAAGACCUGAAAAUCGAUAGGAGCGACUUUCGACCUGAUCUUUUUAGCGUGCGGGCCAUGCAAACAAACCAAUAGUCGAUGUGUGUCAUUCUAAAAGUCUAGUUUGUAGCACCAACGUGAUGAUGUGACGUAUAUUAUAUGCGAUAUACAUAAUAUGUUUCUAUUACUAUAUAUAUAUUAUUAUACAAAAGAUAAAAUAAAUAAAGAGCAAAAAUAAUGAGAAAAAGCUCAUGCCGCAGAUGCGGUUACCAACUUUACAAAGCAUACAUAUACAAAUACAUAUACAAUAUAUACAUAUACGUGAAUGUGUUUAUUUUGUACUAAAUGUAUUUCUCGUCGAUGUAUUUUUCGCGAACGCUGAUGGUAUAUUUGGAGAGGAGAAAACGCGAGAGUAAAACAGUAUAGAGCGGGAAAAAUAUAAUAAACGCGUUACGUACGCCGAUGGGAUAAAAGGCGUGAAAUAACGUGAUAGUAAAGAUGCGGAUUAUAAAUUGUUAAUCGGCUUAGCGCAAGGUACGAGAGUAUAAUAAUUAAAAUAAUGAGGAGUUAAGCGACUCACACGCGCGAUUAUUAUUAUUAUUAUUAUUAUUGUGGAGUGAGCUGGAUCAAUGAGAGAGAUAGAAAGAGAAAGAGAGUACUUAAUAACUGAAACAAUGCCCUGGCGUGCGUAAUAUAUUAUUUCAACGGGCUUAUAUUUUAUCGUGAACUGAGGCGUGUCAACAAUAGAUUUUAUAAUGUUGUAAUAAAAUACUUCUCUUUGUACAAAACA